GAUGUUCUGAAAUCAGGCCAUGAAAGGCUCUUUCCUUUCCCCCCGUGAUUUUGUCUACCGAUACAGCCGUCUGAAAUGAGAGCCACUGAUCUCCCGUUGGAAAAACACCUGAUUGGCAUUUUGGUUUCGCCGUGAUGAAUUUCUCUCGGAAUACCCUGGAUGGUUGAGCGGAAACAUGCAGUAUCUCAAAGGAUUUUUUCUACUUCACAUGCCCUUAACUUUCCAGAUCAACAAGUUUGACGGUGUAUCAAACCAGAUGUCGUUUAGACAAUAACUUCGAAGGACAAGGUUGAGCUGAUGACGCACAACUGCUUAAGGCCAAUGGGGAGGCUCGUCUUAAUCCCAGCUCGGUCAAAAAGCCCAGAUGCGGCUCCAAUCCGAGCAGAGUCAGCGGAGACAGAGGGGCAGAGCAGAGCAGAGGGACUCGGCCGGCUUUCUGUCUGUGGACAUGUGCAACAUUCGACCAAACUUCCCCAUCACUCCAUCGCGUUCUGGACGUUCCUGAAAGUCGACCGGAGGGGAAAAACUGCGCGCUUUGUCCCACCUCAUCCGCAGUCAGACGCGCCCCCCCCACCCCCUCCUCCCCCCCCCCCCCACCCCAUCAGCACCACCAGCACCCACCUGCUCCCUCCGCUCUCCGGACGGUCCCCGUUGUGUCCGGUCGCCAUGUCCUCCGGUGAUGCCCCGGAGCAGGACCGGCGGGUCAGCGUGCUGUGCUGGGACCAGAUGCGCCGGCUGGACUACAUCCUGGGGGAGUGCGUGCCGAUCCACGGCCGCGGCAACUUCCCCACACUGUCCGUGCAGCCCCGGCAGAUCGUGCAGGUGGUCAGGGCUCGACUGGAGGAGCGGGGCGUGGAGGUUCGUGACGUCAAGCUGAACGGCUCGGCUGCCAGCCACGUGCUGCACCAGGACAACGGCCUUGGCUACAAAGACCUGGACUUGAUCUUUGGCCUAAAUCGAACUGACGACAAAACCUUCCGGGUGGUGAAAGAUGUGGUGCUGGACUGCCUGGUGGACUUCUUGCCGGAAGGGGUGAACAGGGAUCGAAUGACAGCCCUCACCCUGAAGGAGGCGUAUGUGCAGAAACUGGUCAAAGUUUGCAAUGACACCGACCGCUGGAGCCUCAUCUCGCUGUCCAACAACACCGGCAAGAACGUGGAACUUAAGUUUGUGGACUCCCUGAGAAGGCAGUUUGAGUUCAGCGUUGACUCCUUCCAGAUCACCCUGGACUCGUUGCUGCUCUUUGACCGCUGCUCGGAGACGGCCAUGUCCGAGGCCUUCCACCCCACAGUGCAGGGCGAGAGCAUGUAUGGGGACUUUGAGGAGGCCCUGGGUCACCUCCGCUCCCAGACCAUCGCCACCCGCAGCCCAGAAGAGAUCAGAGGCGGCGGGCUGCUCAAGUACUGCCACCUGUUGGUGCGCGGCUUCCGGCCGUCCUCCGAGGUGCAGAUGAAACAGAUGCAGCGCUACAUGUGCUCGCGCUUCUUCAUCGAUUUCCCUGACAUAUGUGAGCAGCACAGGAAACUGGAGGGGUAUCUGCAGAACCACUUUGUGGGCAUGGAGCACAAGCGCUACGACUACCUGGUGACCCUGAGGCAUGUGGUGGAUGAGAGCACUGUUUGUCUAAUGGGCCACGAGCGCAGACAGACGCUGGCACUUAUUUCCGCCCUGGCGCUGCGCGUAAUGGCCGAACAGAACGCUAUCCCCGCUCUGUCCAACAUCACCUGCUACUACCAGCCCGCUCCCUAUGUCAGAGAUGUCAACUUCAGCAAUUACUAUGUGGCACAAGUUCAGUCGCCCAUGGCCACAUUCAGUAACUCUUAUCAAACGUGGCUGCCUUGCAGCUGAGCAGUGACUUGAUGAUGUGUGGAGAGCUUUUGAUUUUAAAUUUACAUUCAAGUUAACUGGGCAUUUAUUAGAAUGCUCAGUACCUCUGUAGCCGUGUGGAUUUUUGGUUUGAGGCCAAGUGUGGACGAAAAGAAAUGUAUCUUUUCUUUUCUUUUUUUUGUUGCCAAAUCUCAUAUCAAAACAAUUCCACUAAAUUAUAUUGGUUUAAUACUGCUGUAAAGAAUUCUCAUUCGAGCCAUUAUAAUUAUAUUUUUAUUCUGUUGGCAUUUAAUUACCAUCGUCGACAUGCAUGGGCAAAUGACGGGUUGAUAUGUGACAGAAGAACUCUGUCAGUUCUGUUUCUUGUCCGAUGAAGGCUUGUGUAUUGUGUCUUUAAUGAAAUGUAAAUACUUGGUAUGAAACCAGAAAGCUGUUUUUUUGUUCUGUCUGUGGUUUCAGCCGACCUGAUUGGGAGGGGAAUAGGACCAAAGAAAUUCUUUCUUGUGUAGCAUGGCAAACAGAGACUGUACGUGGUUCCAAGUGCCUGAAAUUGACCAAUGUCUUUAUAGAAUUUUCUAUGUAAGAACUGCUUUUGAAUCAUUUUUCAUCCAGGUUACUGUACAUUUCUAUAACAAGGGUUAAGGUAUUUGUUUUUAAAUCAUUAAAAAAAAGUGAGAAAAAUAUAAA